CGCUCGUGGUAUUUGUCCCUCGGGUCGCUCCGUAGCGUAGCCAUGGCUUCCUCAGAAGCGCAGCCCCGCUUUGGUCAGUCGGUUAAAGGUUUGCUGUCUGAUAAAGUAGGCUGUUGCAGCGGAGAUGUAAUCGCUCUGACUCGUCAGGUUUUAAAAGGUUCUCGAAGCCAAGAGCUGCUCGGCCAGGCAGCCAGAAAUAUGGUAAUUCAAGAGGACGCUAUUCUGCACUCUGAAGAUAGUCUGAGGAAGAUGUCCAUAAUAACUACUCAUUUGCAGUAUCAGCAAGAAGCCAUCCAAAAGAAUGUGGAACACUCCAAAAACCUUCAGGACCAGCUAAGACAUUUGCUUAAAUAAUACACAACCAGGCUAUGCUGUUGAUAUGCUGUAGGAGAUGUGGUUUGUUUCCCCUGUCGCUUUUCAUUAAGUGGCCAGACAUUCUGCAGAACAUUCACCGUUGCUCUCUUAAGGAUGGCCUCAUGUUACUGAGACAUAGUGUCAUCCAAAGUUAUUUGAUUGUUGUUUAAUUAUUGUGGUUAUGAUUUUAAAUAUAAUUUUACAUGCCAGUUAAAUUGAAGAAUGCCAGUUUUACCAAGGACUGGAUGAAGGACUAGUGUCAGUGUUCCGAUUACCCUGCCGUAAAGAAAAAAGUAUGUAUGAACAAUCUACUGCAUAUUUACAUCAAUAUUUACAUCCUUUUCUUAUUUUCAUAAUAAAUAAAUUGGCAUUUUGUGUACAAAUUGUAGGAUUCAGCCACAUACUCUUUUUAGAGGUGAAAUAGGGAUGUGUGAUAUAUCAGCAUCUCAGCAAGGUCAAGCAGAUGUCUGUCCUAGACUGUAGCCUUGAUCCUCACUCCCAGGAAGCUUUGGAUUCCACAAGGUUCUCACUUAUCUUGCAAGCUAUUAGUGCUCAGGCUUUUAGACACAAACAACCGGUAAGGCUUGGAAACAGAGGAAUUUGUUGUGUCCUUAUGUUUAUUCCACAUUUUAUGUAGGAAAAAUUAUGAAGGAUUAUGACAGUCCCAGGUGGUACAAAGGUGUUACUACAGCUGUAUGUCUGGAAGUAUAUUUAUUCUGGUUUUGUACCACUUCCACAUGUGAACAUGGAAGAGGUCUAGUCUUGGAAAAAAUUAUAAUGUCAUUGGUGAUUUACAAUUGAAAACCCUUUUUUCAUCUAACUUGAAGUGUAAUCUUGGUCUAGUAUGCACAACACUUAAUGUUUGUGAAUAUAAGAAUGAGAAAGAUUGACAUUAUAAAAUGUUUAGUUUCACAAUUGUUAAAUCCGUGGUUUAGAAUUUGCUGCUCAAGAAAAUGUGUUUGCUCUGCUUCUGAACAUCUUUAUCAGCACUCAAGGACAGACAGAGUGUGCUGCUCCAGGAAACCUAUUUGAAAGUUGGUCAGCCAUUAUGAUUACUUUGUUUUGUAAGCAUGUGUCUCAGAUAUUUGUGGCAUGCAUUUCUGUAGAAAUGUGUUUGUUUGAAUUAAAAUUGUACAUAAAUGA